GCUCGGUGUGAACUAUGACCUUAAGGAUGUAUUCGUGCUGCACACGAAUUGUCUUUGGCAUCGUUCUCUGUCAAAGCCUCAUCACCUGAGAAUCUUCACUUAGAACGUCAUCCUAAACAGCGUAUUACCUUAGUUUUAGUUCAUAUCAGCUUCUCAUAUUUUUAUACGGCCAGUGAGAGAGGUUGAAUGCCACUUGAACUUCUGUUGAUCUUCCGAAAAGUUCUGACUCGACGUUUGUGCAAUGUAUCAACGUCUUUUUGUAGAAUACCUUGGUUCUGAUGGUGAGGUUUUUAUUUUAGAAUCCAAUUUCUAUAAUGUCUAAGGGAAUAACAUUGUGUGGCCAACAAAUUGCCCAAGUUAUUGGUCAAAAAAUUAGAUCGGAUGUGGCUUAUUUAAAAUCAAACUUCAACAUUUCUCCCAAAUUGGUCGUUAUUGAAGUUGGUAAUCUACCUCAGUCAAAGUUGUACAUAACGCAAAAAUCCAAAUUUGCAGAAAAGUAUGGCAUACUUUUGUCUCACAUGCGAUUUCCAUCACAUAUACCUGAGUCAGUGCUUUUAGAUUACGUUUAUAAGUUGAAUUCUGAUUCAUCAGUGCACGGUAUCACUUUACAAUUACCGUUUGAUUCCGAUUCAAAUAUUAAUGUUACCAAUUCACUGAAUGCUGUUGCUACUCUCAAGGAUGUUGAAGGUCUAAAUGCUUAUAAUACAGCUGUAUUAAGUCGUGGGGAUAUACUAUGUCCUCACUGUGAAAACGUAAAACAACAGCAUGUUCAUAUACCUUGUACAGCAGCCGCAUGCUAUGCUUUUAUUCGUCAUGUUAAUUUUCCUAUAAUUGGUUCACGCUGUGUAAUCAUUGGUGGUGGUCGUCUUGUUGGAGCACCCACAGCGGACUUGUUGUCACGGUCGUGCGGUGCAACAGUUAUACAAUGUCAUAUACAGUCAAAUAAUAUUAACGAAGAAAUUAAGCGAGGUGAUGUUGUUAUCUCAGCAGUUGGACAUCCAAGAUUAAUAAAGGGUGAAUGGAUUAGACCAGGAGCAUUGGUAAUUGAUUGCGGCUAUUCUGUUCUGAAUGAUCCUCAAAAUCCAAACAAAUCACGAUGUGUCGGUGAUGUAGAAUUUGAAACAGCUAUAGAAAACGCGAAGUGGAUUACACCAGUUCCAGGUGGUGUUGGUCCAGUUUCAAUCGCUAUGUUAUUUCGUAAUACUGUGAAUAGUGCUAAAUGGUCUGUAGGAUUAAAUAAUUCCAUAUGUUCUUGUCCAAAUUAUUGUGAAAACGAUAUCCUAUUUAAAGAGCAUGUUGAUAGAAAAGUGUCUACAUAAAAAUGAUGAUAGCUGUCUUAGUUAAUCUAAUCAAUGGAUAUUGUUUUUUAGUUAAAUAUAUUCUGUACUUAUUCAGUUAUUUUGAAGAGAUUCUAAACUAUACAUUUAUUGUACAUUUUUUCUACUACCUUAUAUUCAUUAGCGUUUUGCUAAUCGUAAUAUAGGCGAAAGCGAUAUUAAACUCUAUGUCACUUAUUUGUAUACUCAAUUAUUAUUACUUUUAAGUGAGUAUUUUAACUUCGUGCAAUUAGCAUCUUGUGAUGUAUAAUGUAAAAUAACCCAACUACAUAAUAAAACAUACAGUUCUUGUUGUUCAUAUGAAAUAAAAACAUAUUUUAUG